UAUAAGGUGUUUGAUAUUGCACCUGAUGGAGUAAGAAAAUGCAUUGUAUCAACAAACAUUGCAGAAACAUCAAUUACAAUAGAUGGUGUGCGGUUUAUUGUGGACUCAGGAAAGGUGAAAGAAAUGGGGUAUGACUCUUCAAGCAAAAUGAGACGAUUGCAGGAAUUUUGGAUUAGUAAAGCUAGUGCUGAACAGAGGAAAGGCAGAGCAGGUCGAACAGGACCUGGUGUUUGCUUUAGACUUUAUGCAUCUGCUGACUAUGAUGCUCUCCAAGAUUAUGCAACACCCGAGAUUCAUCGAGUUCCUCUGGAUUCUCUUGUUCUUCAGAUGGUGGACUUAGAGUUAGGAGAUCCACGGACAUUUGCAUUUAUUGAACCACCGUCACUUUCUGCCAUCAACAAUUCAAUUUCAUUUCUGAAGCAACAAGAUGCUCUAACUAAUGAUGAGCUGCUUACUCCAAUUGGUCAAAUGUUAGCCAAGCUGCCUGUUGACAUCGUAAUUGGCAAGAUGCUGGUAAUGGGCACUCUAUUUAAUAUGGUUGAUCCUGUGUUGACUAUUGCGGCUGCAUUAAGCGUUCAGUCUCCUUUUCAUCGUCUCUUGAAGGGAGGGGAAUCAGCCGUGCAGACUAAGCGAAGAGAGUUGGAGUCAGAUCAUGGGGACAUGUUUACUCUAUUGAAUGCAUUCGACUCAUGGGUGGAGGCAAAAGCAGAGGGUUUGAAAGCAUCUCGUAGAUGGUGCCGGAAGUAUGGACUAGAAAACCAAAGAUUUUAUGAAAUUACAAAAUUAAAAGAUCAAUUUAAAGAAAUUCUUCAGGAAUACCAUCUUCUUGAAAAUGAAGAUGAAGACUCUGAUAGCAAACACAGCAGUGCCAAGAAAAGGCGAACAGACUAUAAUGAAAGGAGAAAGAGGCGUGAGUUAAAAGAACUAAAAACAAAACACAUUAAAGAACCAAGGAGACGAAGGGUUUUGAAAGUUGAAGGCGAAGAAGAUGAAGGUAGCAGUGGAGAAGAGGCAGAGCAGUUAGAUAUUCGAGAUCUGGAGUUUAAGCUUACUCAUGAUCUGGACAAACUGCAGGCAACUACUAUUAUGAAUCGAAGUUUCACUCUCAAGGACAUUGAUCUUCUCAAAAUUAUCUUAUGCAGUGGUCUGUAUCCACAGCUGGCAAUUGCUGAUGAUUGUAACACAUGGCGAAAGGAUUCUGAGCAAGUCUUUCACACUCAGGCGAAACUCUUUGUUGUAUUACAUCCUACCAGCGUGUUUGCUACUCAGCCACACAUACUGCAACCCAAAAUUAGAGACGGAGAACAACCAGUUCCAGGACGUGGUCCCGCAAAAGUCCAGUUUAAUACUUCUCAUGAAAUUAUUGCAUAUGUAGAUUUACUAGAGACCACAAAGCCAUUUGUAGUCAAUGGAAUCAGGGUUCCUGCUUUGCAGACAUGUCUUCUGUUUGCUCGUAGCUUGGACACCAAUGCAGACUGUCGUCGAAUUCUAGUAGAUGGGUGGCUUGAGAUGUUGUUUCCUGAGAGUCAGAUUGGUCAGAAGACAUUGUCAGCAGUACAACAGUUGAGGUCAACAUGGAAUCGGCUCUUGGGACUAAGAUUGAAGCAAGUGGAACACUACAAGGCUGACAUAGCACACCAGAGCUGGAAGGAUCGUUUAGCCGAUCAUGAAGAAGUCUUGGCAAGGAAACUUUGUGAAUUUCUUGACAGCAGAAUAAUGUACUCUCUUCGUCGCCUACCUCCAUCUGAACUGGAGCAAAUAUACAUUGGCCCCACUGAUGAAGGCCCAUCUGGCGCUGACUUUGUGACAUCAACUUGUCCCCAACAUCCAACUAAAGGAGGACAAGUGGCCACAGAUUACCUAACCUACAACUGUCUUUCAAGUGGCGGAUUUGACUCUGACUAUGGAGGUGCUGUCAUGAGACACUGGAAUUGUCCUCGCUGCAACCAGUCUAUGGUUGCAACUAUCGCAGAAAGGAUGCGACAUGAUGAAGAAUGUAGUUCCCGACAGCAGAAGGAAACUGAAGAAUUAGAAGAUGCUGAAUAUAAGAGACAGCAGGUAGUUGAUACAGCUCGAUCUUUAGCGAGUGAGAAUUUGAGGAAAAGCUACCAUUGCUCAGUAUGUGAUAAGGAAUUUAUGUUUACGUUUACUGAAAUACUAAAACAUGCUCGAACCCAUACCAACAGUGGACUGAACAAGACAGAUUAAUUAAUUAAGAAAUAGAAUGGUUUAGUAAGGUAUACUACUGCUUUUUGGCUUGAAUUAGUCACAAUGGCUGAUUGGUUUACAGUUUGUCUUACUAUCAUUUGGCAAGUAGUCUACUUGUUGCAAAGCCAGAUCUGUUGUGUAAAAAAAUACAGUACAAUUAGCGGUGUGAUGGAA